AUGGCGACCAUGGCCGGGCGCUACUGCUGCAGCUACAGCUCGCCCUCUGCCUCUGCGCCGCCGCCCCAUCGGCAGCGCGGGCCUCCGCUGCAGCCGCGACCCACGGGAGGACGGGGAAGGGGACUCCGGCGGCCGAGCCUACGGGCGGUCGCGUCGGCGGCGGCGGAGCCCGUGAAGGCUGCCACCGACGCCGAGUUCUUCCAGCCCGCCGACUCGAGGCCCAUCAUGCUCUUCGACGGCGUGUGCAACCUCUGCAACGGCGGCGUCCGGUUCGUGCGGGAGCACGACCCCGGCCGGAGCAUCAGGUACAUCCCCCUCCAGAGCGACUCCGGGAGGAAGCUCCUGCGCAGGUCCGGCAGAAGCCCCGACGACAUCUCCAGCGUCGUCCUCGUCGAGAAGGACAGGUCAUACAUCAAGUCUGACGCCGUGCUGAGGAUAAUGGAGUACCUGAACCUGCCGUUCCCGCAGCUCGCCGCGUUCCUCAAAAUUGCCCCUUUGUUUGUGAGGGACUUCGCCUACGACAACGUCGCGAACAACCGGUAUGUGGUUUUCGGCCGGUCAGAGACAGAAUCAUGCGAGAUACUCUGA